UUUAUUAGGUAGGGUUCAUCAUUCUUCGUUUUUUGCGGAAGUUGAGUGCGGGCAACACAUAGCUAGCCAGAAUGGAAGCGCCUGACCAGCAUAAUGCCGAUAGCAUUAUCAAACUCCCCCGCGAUGUGAUGCAGCUCAUUCUCACGUUCUUGCCCGUAAAAGAUGCAGCCAAAACAGCCACACUGUCGAGACAAUGGCGGCACAACUGGCGAUCAAACACUCGAUUCGUGUUCGAUAGCGAUUUUGGUGAAAUCUCAGAAGAGGGGGACUAUGGUUCCAAAGCGAAUGCGCUAAUGCUGGCGAUCUACAGAGCUCUGCUGGUUCAUGAUGGACCAGUAACCAAGUUCAUGCUUAAAAUUCCUGGACUGCGGCCCUGUCCUGAUAUCAACCACAUAGUUCACUUCCUCGCGAAGAAGGGUGUCCAGGAAGUCGCCCUUAUCUUUAUUGAUAAUGAAGAUGACGGCAGUUGGCGAGAGAUGCCUUCUGCCUUGUUCUCUGCUCGCGAACUCAGCUCCCUGAUUUUGAAGGAUUGUGAUUUUUCUAGGGCACCAUCCUGGUUUCUGGGAUUCACUAAGCUUACCCAUCUUUGGUUAGAAAGCGUGGAUGCUGACUCUGGUUUUUAUGACGAUUUCCUUCCCAAGUGCCCUCUUCUCAAGCACUUGACACUUUUUAUCCGGGACACGAAUGCGAUGGAGUCUCGUGGGAAGGCUGAACUAGUAGCUCCAUCGCUCGAGGUGUUCAAAUCCAAUGUGUGGAAUAUCUGCUUCAGGCAUACCCCCCUUCUUUCAGAGGUAGUAAUCGAGACACAGCCUGAGGAUUAUGCACGAAGCGACUUUGGUGCGUAUAAUCCGGAUGUUGCUGCUGUAUUUGCUUCUCUCCCUGCAAUCCAGAAGUUAUUUGUUAGCCUAGAAUGGAUGAAAUUCCUUGCCUCAGGUAAUUUCCCCGUCAUGCUUCCUACACGUCUUUGCCAACUGAAAUCCCUCGAAAACCAAAUCGUACUGUAUCAUUCAUCGGAAGCACGCCUGCUUCUUUGUCUAAUCAGGAGUUCCCCCAACUUGCAGAGGCUGUACAUUCUGCUCUGUGAUGCCCCUUCCUCCCUUCCGCCAACAGAGUUAAUUGACAGCUUACAGUUGCUGUUGGAAGCAGAGUGCGUUCCUCCUGCGAGUUGUUUUCAGUGCCUUGAAGAGUUUGCCAUCCAUGGAUUUACGGGUACACUGAUUGAGUUGGACCUUGUGAGGCUUGCGCUAACUUCUGCCCCACAACUUCGGACGCUUUUCAUCUAUCCGGAAGUGAAUUCGGACCUCCGAAAGGAUGUCAAAGUCUUGAUGGAGGUGACACGAUAUAAGCGUGCUUCCACUGAAGCAGAGGUCAGAUAUGUUUGGAAAGAGCAGGCUGACACUUCUUAGCUUCACACUCUUUGAAGGUUUCAUGGUCAUCACUCUUUCGACCGACGAGCCUGAUGAUAUGUAGCUCUUACUCGUCAUCCCUGUGGUUCAUCUUCCUUCUGACUUUUUUUGAAAUUUGGUGCUCGUUUAAUUUUUGGAGAAAUGAAGAAGGGUUAUGGUUUUUUUUUUUGUUUGGC